GCAUGAUGAAGUUGAGUUGGGUCAGCUGAAUACAAAUACAGAUGGAUGGGAGAUUGCAGUUGACCGCCUAAACCUUCGCGAGGCUAUUGGCAGAGGGGCAUUUGGCUCAGUGUGGCGAGCGCUAUUGGGUCGGUCCCGUGGCAGACCUGGUAAUCGUACAGUUGCUGCUAAGUGCUGCCUACCAAUCUCUGGGGAGCAAGGAAGGCAGGCCCUGCUGAGAGAGAUCGAUUUAUUGAAACUGUUUGGAAGGAUGGGCCAUGAAAAUGUCGUUAAAUUCAUCGGCUGUGUUACAGUUGGAGCUCAGCCAAUACUUAUCAUGGAAUACCUGUGGCGAGGUGACUUGCUGGGUUAUCUAAGGAAAUCCAGGGGGGUUUUCGACCACUAUCAUCGUGGGGUCGGAAGGGUCGACCACUUGACAACAUAUGACAUGGUGUUGUUCGCUAAACAGAUCGCACAUGGUAUGACUUUUCUCGCCUCUAGAGGGAUAAUUCAUCGCGAUCUUGCAGCUCGCAACAUCCUCCUCGAUGAGCAUCGUGUAUGCAAGUUGACUGAUUUUGGGCUCUCUUAUCAAGAUUUCAAAUACGGCCCAGGGAAUGCCAAGAAGGGAUGUAUUCCAAUCAAAUGGAGUGCACCCGAGAUUCUUUUUGGUCAUGUGGAACAGCUGUCAACCAAAAGUGAUGUGUGGUCUUAUGGCAUAGUCCUGUUUGAAAUCUUCACAAUCGGAGGCAUUCCAUACGAAGGAUGGUCUGAAACCAGAACAAUGAGAGAAAUCCAACGAGGUUACCGUUUGCCAAAGCCUGAACAUAUCGAAGACAGUUUAUACGCGGUGAUGUUGAGCUGCUGGAAAUAUCAAAUCGCCGUUCGGCCACAUUUUGUAAACCUCUGCAAAACAAUGGAUACAUAUCUUAAAACGAAGACAUAUGUGGAUAUCGUGAACAUGGACAAGUAUGAUCACGAUAAGUAUAAGUUUAUCGAUGAUCGUGGAGCUGCUGCAAACCGAGAAGAUGCAGCACCAGAUGAGCAAGGAGCAGCUGCAGCUAAACCCGACCGUGAGGUGGGUGAACACGGUGCUACUGCGUAUCCAUUCGUGGCUGCAACAGAAGAUGGUGCGAGAGCUUUCCCUCUCGCAAUCAAAGUAGAAGAGGGUGGGGCAGCACACUCUUUUAAGAACGAUGAAAAAGGUACUGAUGCCUCAGAGUACCUUUUCGAGUGUGAUACUUUACUAUACCUCAGCGAGAGCGAGGGAGAAGAUAUCGAUGGCUCUGAUUGCCCUCUUGCGAUCGAGGAAGAAGAUAUUGAUCCUUUGCCAUCUAAUUUGGCGAUGGACGAUAAUGGUCUUGGUCCUCUGGCAGGCCCCAUUGUGACUGACGAGGAAAAUCCUGAUUGUUCAACAUGCUUUCUUGUCAUUGAGAAGGAAAAUUCCAGCAAUUUAGCAUUCUCCUCUCUGACUGGAGAAGAAGGUUUGGAAGCCACAGCAUGCCCUCCUGUAAUUGAAACAGAAGAUCCUAACUCUUUAGCACACCCCCAUGCCACUGAGGUGAACAGACCUGAUGCCUCACAAUCUCAUCCCGUAAUCGGGGAAGAAGAUGUCGAUUCCUUAGAAUACCCUUCCCUGAUUGAAGCAGAAGGCCAUAUUGAUUCCGCCUUCUCUCCAGAGGUCGAAGAAGGUACAACAAGCAAACCUGAAACUAAUGCUGAUGAUCAAGGUGCUGCAGUAGUACAAUCUGUAAAGGAGACAGGGGAAGAAGAACUUAAGACUUUCCAACUUAAGAAUACUAAAUAUGAACAAGACUACUGUGGAAAACAUAUGGAGGACCAAUGUGAUGCAGUAGAACUUUAUGAUGAAGAGGUUGGUGUACAAGAGUAUAAUGAUUACCAACUAACGGCUGUGGAUACAGAUGAAACCGGAAAUGAGGAAGACGAGGAGACAUCCGAAGGAACUCCUCUUGUGCAGGACUGA